CAGACUGUGAAAAGACUUUAGACGGCUAUUGACAUCAUUUUAAUUUAAUGAGUAUUAAAAGAGAGCUUGGAGCUACAGGUGGAAAAUAUAGGGGCCAAUUCACACUUGCCGCCAUUUCAUGAUUUGAUAAGCUAUAGGGUAUAUUGCAACUCUAUUUUAGAUUUGGAAGUUGGUUAUAUGACAUUAUGAUACCUUGAUAGGUGAUAAGUCUACAGCCAAAUUAAGUUUCUCGGCCACUUUUUGAACAUAGUAACAUAGUGUAGUCGUCACCUACAAGGUUACAAUGGUUACACAGUUUUUUAAACCAGUUCAGAGCCUAUCUAUGUAUUUGUUGGUUUGAAUGGGUCGUGUGUCGUAAGUGGGGCUGUGAGUUCAGGUGGUUAGGAGACAAUUUGAGGAGGAGACCGCGCACUUUUUGCACCCCUCAAUUCACUGCAUGCAGAGAGAGUGGUGAACCGCAGCCUGAUUUCAUAGACGAAGAAAUAAAGAAACAGCGUCAAGAAGCAGAACAAGGUCAGGCAGAGGACAUACCAACUCAGGAAGACUCAGACGGAGACAUCGAGAUGCUGCCAGGAGGCAGAAAGCGACCAUUUCCAGAUCAGCUAGAUGGUGGGGGGAAGAAGAAAAAGAGGAAGAAGACAUCAGGUCCUCCUCUCCCCAAAAACGCCUUGAUGCAACUUAAUGAAAUCAAGCCUGGGCUACAGUACAAAGUGAUGUCGCAGAGCGGCCCUGUGCAUGCACCCACUUUCAUUAUCUCUGUGGAGGUGAACGGACAGGCAUUUGAAGGUGUCGGGAACACUAAAAAGAGGGCCAAGCUCAAUGCCGCAGAGAAAGCCCUUCGGUCGUUUGUCCAGUUUCCCAAUGCAUCAGAGGCAAUGCAGGCCAUGGGAAAGCAAAUGGUGACCAAUGCAGAUUUUACGUCAGAUGCAGCAGAAAAUGCUGAUCUCAUCUUCAAUAGUUUUGAGUCCAACCAGCAGCAUGGGGACAACCAGAACGGCAAUGGAACACAGGUAGCUCUAAAUAUAGAUGGCGCUAUGCACCCAGCCCCUGCCUCGCUAAAUGGGUCUGGGCUGCCAAAGCCUAUCCCUCCCCAGCCUUCUGGGAAAAAUCCCGUCAUGAUUCUUAACGAGCAGCGGCCAGGACUGAAAUAUGAGUUUGUCUCUGAAAUGGGAGAGAGCCACGCUAAGAGCUUCACUAUGGAAGUGACGGUGGACGGAGAGACAUUUCAGGGUUCGGGGAGAAACAAAAAAGUUGCCAAGGCGCAUGCAGCUCAGGCUGCUCUCAGCAAGAUCUUCAACUUGGAAAUCUCCCAGGCUCCAGCUCUACAGCCGGUAGUGGGGCCCAACUUCUCUGGGACUGCGCCAGCGAUACUUGCCGACCUUGUUGUUGGCGCAGUCCACGAGAAGUUUGCGGAGCUGACUAACAACAUGACAACCCCCCAGUCGCGCCGUAAAGUCCUGGCUGGAAUAGUUCAGACACGGAAAGACGAGCCGGGAAAGGUAAUAACACUGUCAACAGGAACAAAAUGCAUCAACGGUGAACACAUCAACGAUCACGGGUAUGGACUGAACGACUGUCAUGCAGAGAUCAUCGCACGACGCUGCUUACUGCGCUAUUUCUACUCCCAACUAAAGCUCCAUGUAAAUAAUGAGAACAGUGAAGAGAGCAUCUUUGCCCCCAAAGAUGGCGGUGGCUACCGUCUGAAAGAUGACGUCAAUUUUCACCUGUAUAUAAGCACCAGCCCCUGUGGGGAUGCCAGAAUAUUCUCGCCCCAUGAAUUGGGUCAGGAUGACAAUUCUGACCGCCAUCCUAACAGACGGGCGCGAGGGCAGCUAAGGACAAAGAUCGAAUCUGGAGAAGGCACCAUUCCAGUGAAAGCCAACUCUCCAGUACAGACGUGGGACGGUGUACUUCAGGGGGAGCGUCUUCUCACCAUGUCCUGCAGUGACAAGCUGGCACGGUGGAACGUUCUUGGUGUUCAAGGUGCCCUCCUCAGUCACUUUGUGGACCCCAUCUACUUCAGCAGUGUCAUCCUGGGCAGCUUGUACCACAGAGAGCACCUGUCCAGGGCCCUGUACAUCAGAUUAGGCAGCAUAGAGGACCUCCCCCAACCCUACCAGCUCUACACACCACUACUCAGUGGAAUCAGCAACCCUGAGAGCAGGCAGCCAGGCAAAGCUCCAGGUUUUAGUGUCAAUUGGUGCAUUGGAGACCCCAGCUUGGAGGUAGUGAAUGCUACAACAGGAAAGACAGAAGACGGACAGCCAUCCAGAGUUUGCAAGCAUGCUCUCUAUCGUUGUUUCCAUGAGCUCUUUGGCAAAGUUUCAGCUGCGUCAGGGCAGACGGAGCUCCCUCGUUUCUAUGUCGAGGCAAAGGCCAAUGCUGUUGACUAUCAGCUCGCAAAACAGAAGCUUUUCAAAGCGUUUGAGACGCAAGGACUAGGCGCCUGGAUUAAGAAACCAAUGGAGCAAGAUCAUUUUGAACUGGUUCCAACUAGUUGAACUGGUUUAUACCGGAAAGAACUGGUUCUGGCAAACUGGGUUUGAUCUUGCUCAUCAAACUUCGGCCAGUUUUGACCGGUGCUGACCGGUUGCUAUUAGUUGGACCAGCUCAAAUCUUGUUUGCGCCACGUGCAGCUUGUUACAGCCAGUUGUGGUAGGAUUGCACUGUAAUGUGUAGUUGCUAUGGAAACCGGCUGUAACUCGUGCUCAGGGCCAAACUGCAGUUGAUGAAGACGUUUUGAUGGCAGUGUUUUAAAAUAUAUUAUUUUUCAUUGUUUAAUUUGUAAUUUGUCAAGAUUGCAUUGCUUGGUUGCAACAUGAACAAAGAAAUACUUGUACAACUUUUUUUUUCUGAGGCUACAUUCCUUCAGUCUGGAAGGAAACUGUAAAUGUAUGCAAGUUACGAUCCUUUUGUCCAUGUGUUCACUUGUUACUGGUAAUUGAAAUAUAUAGAAAGGAAAUAAAGUAAAUUAAGAACAUUGAUAAGUUAGGAGGAAGCAACAAAGCUAGGUAAACAUUUUCUAUCUGUAGAUCCAUUUAUCCCCUAUCGUGGGUAUUUGAAAGAAUUAAAUAUAGAAUAUAUUAUUUUGGGAGUACUUGUGGAAAGCAAAAGGAAGCAGAUUUCUGAGAAAAAGUCAGAAAGGUAGUAUUACAUGUAGUAGAAACAAAACUAAGAAUAUUUUAAGGAUUUGCAGAUGAAUGAGUCUGAUGUAAACUUUUUAUUUUGUCCUUAGUUUUAAAAGAUGAAAGGUAGACAUCCUCAGUGGGGUAAGAUAUUGCUGGUCAUGUUAGGGGUAAAUAGGUGGUGAUUUUACCAUCUUUAAGUUUAAGAUUUUCACCUGUUUCUGUACAACAGAUUUGUAGGAUGGACUUUUUCGCAAAGUAAUUUAAAACAGAUUUUACUCAUUAUCAGAAUAUAGCAGCAAUUUUGCAAGUUGAUUCUCUUUGAUAUUGCAAAGGAACAUCGAUCAUAUCAUCAUACCCAGAUAAUCAUGUUUGUUAUAAGCUGUUGUCAACUGUUAUACAUCAGACAUACCUUCUUACUCUGUGGCCCUGUAGGCUUUUUUGUAAGCUAAACUUUAGCCCAAACAUGAACCAAAUGACCUUACGGUUACAACAUUUCUUACUAAAAAGGCUACCAUUUUUAUCAGGGUCAUCAUUGCAGUAUUUUUCCUCCUAAACCAUAAUGUGUUCUGUUUUUCAGAUUUUCUCUGAUGGUAAGAUUCAAGUGUAGUUUAUCCAAGUAAACUAGUCAUUAUUGUCUUAUACGGUUUUCUUGCUUCUUAAAACCAAUUUUAGCUGUUGCUGUUUUAGAAGGUUGUGUUUACUACGGUGGAUGGAUGUGACAUCAGAAAACUUAAUUUUCACUUAAAAAUGUAGUUAUAUUCUGCAAGAUGGAUGCAAUGGCUGAAUUCAAAAUGAAUCCAUUUAUAUACAACACAUUCAGGAUUGAUUUUACAUAAAACUUACAUUGAUUGAGGGUUAAAAGACAAACUGUUCAAGACAUCGCAAUCUGCUUUUUACCUGUGACUCACUUUGCUAUGUUAUCAUGUAUUGGACAUCAUUUGUAGGAGAUAGUGACUACUUUUUUCAUUGUCUGUUGUCUUUAUGGAGUCAUGUACCUGUGAAAUUAAAAUUUUAUUACAGA